AUCACUUUUCCAAAUCAUCCAUUAAAAAUGUCAGGAGCAAUCAUAGAGAACAUGAGCACCAAGAAACUGGCUGUCUUGGGUUUCUUUAUCCUUGUUUUCCAAGUUCUUUCCAUCAUAGUUGGAGCAUUAAUCGCUCCCAGUCCCACCAGUGCCAUCAGCUACUUGGCCACCAAAUGCAUUAAUCGCCACAGGGCUGGCGGCUGGCUCGUGCCGUGGGGAUCUAAUCGGUGCCAGCAGAUCCACAGUUUUGAUGAGCCUCUGGCAAAAACACUGGAUGCCAACGACAUCGUUUUCGCUGUGCACGUGCCUCUUCCCCACAAGGAGAUGAGCCCCUGGUUUCAGUACAUGCUGGCUGUUCUGCACUUCGACAUUGCAUUCAAAAUGAUCAAUCAGAUCGAAGAUGACGUUAUCAUCACUAUUGAUGCCGGCCUGGCAUACAGGGAUGAUUUAAAAUCCGAGUGGACCACAAAGUGUCACUCAGUGGAGCGAAGGCCACUCAGGUGCACGUUUGCAGUCCCGAAGACAUACGAAAAUGAAGGCCGCUUUUAUCACUGUGAUCCCAUACCGUUCAUGGAACUGGGAAGUGUGGCCCACAAAUACUUUCUGAUCAACCUGCGCUUGCCAGUGAAUGACACAGUGAACGUUGGUAUUGGAGAAAUAAAGGACAUCCAAAUAGUGGGCAUCCACCAGAACGGAGGCUUCACUAAAGUGUGGAUCAGCAUGAAGACUGUCUACAGUCCCUGGAUAUUUGGGGCAACUGUUUGGUACUGGCACAGGAUCAGCCUCAUGGCAAGACCUCCAGUCCUUUUGGAAAAGGUGAUUUUUGCUCUGGGCAUCUCCAUGACAUUCCUGAACGUGCCGGUGGAGUGGCUCUCUCUGGGCUUUGAGUGGACGUGGAUGCUGCUGUUUGAAGAUGUUCAACAGGGCGUCUUCUACUCCACACUCUUCUGCUUCUGGAUCAUCUUCUGUGGUGAACACCUCAUGGACCAAAGUCAGCGGAAUCGGCUCUCGGCGUACUGGUGGCAGGUUGGGCUGGUGGUCUUCAGCUCAUCUGUUCUCCUUGUAUUUGACCUGAGUGAAAGGGGCGUUCACUUGAACAACCCUUUCUACAGCGUUUGGGCAUCAGACACUGAGACAAAGGUGGCAGUUACCUUCAUUAUUGUGGCUGGGAUUUCUGUUUGUCUGUAUUUCCUCUCCCUGUGUGGCAUGGUGCAUUGUGUGUUCAGGAACAUUGGUGGGAAAAUACAGCAAGUUCCUGCCAUGCCAGAGGCUAGGAGACUGCGGUAUAAGGGUAUAAUCUUCAGGUUCAAGUUUUUGAUGCUGGUAACUCUAGCAUGUGCAGCCAUGACCGUCAUCUUCUUCAUCUUAAAUCAAGUCAGUGAAGGUCACUGGCGCUGGGGAGACUACACCCUCCAAGUCCACAGUGCUUUUCUCACAGGGAUCUACGGCAUGUGGAACCUGUAUGUUUUCACCAUUAUCUUCCUCUAUGCUCCCUCCCACAAGCACAAAAGGGACAAGUCAGGAGACAGUCAGCGAACAGAUGUGCUGGAGAAAGCAGAAAGCCAAGCGAGCUGGCUGACAUGUGGAGAGCAGGGACCGACGGAGACCUACAGGAUCACUGGGAAGGUGGCUGAGGAGUAACUGUCCGGCUCAGUGGAGUUCAGAGAAGGUGUUGUUUUAUUAAAAUCAAACCUUUAACUACUUUCUAAACGUGCAGGCUGUAAAAUGUAGACUGUCUAGAAGAUGAUAGAGAGGGGUUAAUAGGGCCCACUAACUAAAUUUGCCCCCUUAGGCCCUUGAAAUCUGACUAUGCCAGCAGAGCAUCCCACAGUAUAAUAAUGCAGAUUUGUUUUCCUCAAUUUGAGCGAAGUAAAAGUGUAUGAGCGAUGAUAAAUGUCCCAAUAAACGUUAAUAUUCAAUCCUAUGUAAUUGUCCUCUGUGCACAAUGACGUCAUUGUGAGCUAUUCACUCAUUCACAGUUUGCAUGAGCAAAAUAAUAAAAAGCAACCAAAUAUGUUUCCUUAUUAAUAAGGAUCCUUAUUAAUUAAACCCACGUGCAUGUACACAGUUAUUCUCACAUACCUGCCUGUUUAAGCUCUGAAGAUGGCGUGGACUGAACCUGAUCAACAUCUCCUUCACUGUAACAUCUGUUGGGUGGAACAUAUCUCACCUCUCAACAGAUGUUAGGAGUUACACCUUCAUCAUCCUUAUUGCUGCACUGAUUAUGAAAACUUCAUAUGAAGUGUUGGAAAUAAUUGCAAUUUUCACUGGAUUUAAAUAUUUGAUUUAUGCUGAAUGAGUUAAGCAUUCACACACUGCUCAUAAAUCAUUAUCACAAAUCAGUAUUUCUAUGAUAGUUAGAGAUCUUUGAGAAACUGCUCGUUUGAAAUGCCUCUAAAUUGUACAAAUGCGAGGGAUUAUCUCUGUUUCUAUUUUAUCUGUAAUAACUGUUGUUAUCUGCUGUACAGAUGCUACGAAAAACAUUUAUGAUGGCUCUGUUCUAUUCAAGUAUCCCAGGCUACAAUUAUAUGCUUCACAUAUGCAACAUUUAGAUGAGCUAAUUACCUGGAGAAAGCUUUGGUGAUGAGAAAAUAAACUCUUUAUCAAGAUAAACUGCAGGUUUGUUGCAGCGUAAA